AUGCUGUCAGAUAACAUUAAACAAAAGAGCGAAAAGAAACUCAUUGCUGACUUCGACGCUGUUUCAUUAUAUCCAUCAGCUAUAGCAAGACUUUAUACUUUAGAAGGUAUUCCAAAGGUUAUGAAGAAAGAAAUGUUAAGCACAGAGUAUCUCAUGAGACAUUUAUUCGAUGACGACCAAAAGGAACCCAUUGGUGAAAAGUUUAUGUCUGGCUUCUUUGUUCUCAUUAAGAUAACAGAGAUUGGAAUACAUAGACACUUUCCUUUAAUAGUUUGUGACCCUGAACUAAAUCCAGAACUUAACGUUCCCAGAAGUUCAAACACUUGCUGUUUAAUGUAUGUUGACCAUAUAACAUUACAAGACCUCAUAAAAUAUCAAGGUGUCAAAUGUGAAGUGUUGCAAGGAUACUAUUACGAUGGAAACAGAGAUAUUAGAAUAAGAGAUGAAGUAAAGAAGUUGUUUGAGUUAAGGUUAAAGUAUAAGAAAGAAGGAAAUCCUUUGCAAGAAAAUAUAAAGCUCAUUCUGAACAGUAUUUAUGGCAAAACUAUUCUAUCUCCUAUUGAGUCAAAAAUAACCAUAGUAAAUGACAAAGAUGCUAUAAGAUAUGCCAUCAGAAACUACAACCAUAUAGUGAAGUUCGAAGGUUUGGAUGGUUCAGAUAAAACUAUUUUCAAGCUAACGAAAAGCAUUUGCAGACACUUUAACUUCUGUCCACUUGGUGUUAACAUUCUGUCUAUGUCGAAGAGAAUAAUGUGUGAAGUAUUCUGUACUGCUGAGGACUUAGGAAUGGACAUCUUUUAUAGCGAUACGGACAGUAUGCAUCUCUACAAUGAAGAUAUCCCUCGUUUAGCUGAAGAGUUUGAGAAACGUUAUGGAAGAGUUCUCAUUGGUAAAAACCUUGGUCAAUUUCAUAGCGACUUUGCAGAAAUCACAAAAGAUAAACAAAGUUUAGCAUACAA